CUUCCAGCGACUCGGAAGAGGAGCGCUUACUUGCUACGGCCACUAGGGGAAUCCCGGCCAAAGAGCUUCAGCUUCAGGAGCCUCAGCCUGUCAAACACUUACACACACAGGAGUCAACAUGGCGGACUGGGAUGCUGAUAGCUUCGAGCCGGAGGAGCCGAUUAAGAAGGCGGUAGUGUUGGACAAAUGGGAAGGCGAAGACGAAGAGGAGGACGUAAAGGACAACUGGGAUGAUGAGGAAGAGGAAGAGGAAGAGAACAAAGUAGAGGAGAAAAAAACAGAGGCAAAGGUUUCUGUAAAGAAAAAGUUAAGUGAAAAAAUAAAAGAGAAAGAAAAUCUACAACGAAAAAAACAGCAAGAGAUGAAAGAGCAGGAGAAUAAAGAUAAACAAACAGAACUAUCGCCUGAAGAACAACUCGCAGAGAAGUUACGAGUGAAGAAGUUACAGGAAGACUCAGACUUGGAGCUAGCAAAAGAUGCUUUUGGUGUUGGCAGCCCUUCAAACAGUGUCGGUGGGAUUGAUGCUAUGUGUCCAUCUUCCAGAGAAGACUUCACAGAGUUUGAAAAAUUGCUAAAAGAAAAGAUAUGCCAGUUUGAAAAAUCUGUCCAUUAUUCAAGUUUCUUGGAGUCAUUGUUUCGGGAACUUUGUAUUUCAUUGGAAAUAGAUGACUUGAAGAAAAUCAGUAAUUCUCUGUCAGUCCUACUUAGUGAAAAACAGAAACAAGAAAAACAAAACAAGGGGAAGAAGAAGAAGAAAGGCUUACCUGGGGGUGGUUUGAAAGCACAGAUGAGAGAUGAGCUCGACUAUGCACAGUUUGACGGCGGUUAUGCCCAAGAUUAUGAGGACUUCAUGUGACACCGGCUCCGUCACCGCUGCCCUUUUCCCUGUCACCCCUCAGAAAUGCAGCUGCACCUUGUCACGCUGUCCAGUGCCAUCCUGGAAACUGAACUAAGUGUUGCCCCCCCCCCUUCAUUUUGCUUCAGUGACCAGAGGGACUCUACCAGGGAGCAUCCAGUCUCAACUCUUUAUAUUCUGACAGAUGAGAUUGCCUUUUCUCUCCAAAUCAGCCUCAACUCACACUUAUAAACACGUAUCUGUCGGCUGGCCCAGCUUCAGGGGAAUAAUAGAUUUUUAGCUGCUGUUGUCUGCUUAUUGCAGGACACGUUUGUUUUUCUUUCCAGUUAAAUGUUGAUCCUGCCAGAAUGACAUAGUAUUGCAGUUCAACGUGGAUUGACAUAGAAACAAAGUUCUAUGCAAAUUUCUUUAAGCAGAAUGUCAUGUAAAUAAUACAGGUAUCACUUUGCCUGUGGACAG